AUGGCCUCCAAAACCCUCCCCACAAAAGUAAACCCCACAUCCGUACUCCACACCUCCCUAUCCUCCAGCCCGCCCCUCAUCACCAGCGCAAAGGGAAACCACCUCUACCCAUCCACCGGCCCACCCAUCUUCGAUGCCUCAGGCGGUGCGGCCGUGUCCUGCAUCGGGCACGCGCACCCACGCAUGCUACACGCCAUCUCUGCCCAACUUUCCAAGACCGAAUACACAUUCAGCCCGCACUUCAGCACACCCGCGUACGAAGCACUCGCGCAGUUCCUAGUCGAUAGCACAGGCGGUGUCAUGAGCAAAGUGUUUGUGACGGGAUCUGGGAGCGAGGCAAUCGAAGCCGCAGUCAAAAUGGCACGACAGUACUUUGUAGAGUUGGAAGGGGGAAACACGCAGCGGACCAGGUUCAUCGUCCGGGACAGGAGUUAUCAUGGGAAUACCCUGGGCAGCCUCGGGGUAUCUGGACAUGCGGCCCGGAGACGGAUUUACGAGCCUCUGCUCAUGGAUACGGUAUCUUUUGUUGCUCCCUGCUAUGCCUAUCGCGAUCUGCGCGCCCAAGAGAGCGAGGAGGCAUAUGUGCGGCGGUUGGCCCAGGAGUUGGAUGAAGAGUUUACACGGCUGCCGUGCAAGAGCGUGGCAGCUGUCAUUCUCGAAACCAUGGCUGGUGUCACGCUGGGUGCUGUUGCGCCGCCCCCCGGCUAUCUCGCGGCCAUGAAGACGGUGUGUGAGAGACACGGUGCGCUCUUCAUCCUGGACGAAGUCCUUUGCGGAAUGGGCCGCACCGGAACCCUGCACGCAUGGCAGCAAGAGGGCGUCAGGCCGGAUUUACAAACCGUGGCUAAGGGACUGGGGGCGGGUUAUGCGCCGAUUGGGGCGCUGCUGGUCGGGCGCAAGGUUGUGCGUGUGUUGGAGCGGGGGACGGGUGGGUUUGUCCAUUUCCAGACGUAUCAUGGACACGCGGUGAGUUGUGCGGCGGCGUUGGAGGUGCAGAGUAUCGUCAGGGAUGACAAGUUGCUGCUGAAUUGUAGGCGAAUGGGCUUGCUUUUGGGGGAGAGGUUGAGGUGGAGGUUAGGCAGGCAUGGGAAUGUGGGGGAUAUCAGAGGGAGAGGGUUGGUGUGGGCUAUUGAGCUCGUCGCUAGCAAAGCUACAAAAGCACCCUUCCCAGUGACCGACAAGAUCGCUCCACGAAUCCAUGCAAAGGGACUGCAGGACUUUGGUAUUGCGCUUAUGCCUGGAGGCGGUGUAGCAGAUGGCAUCAAUGGGGAUUUGAUAAUCCUCGCGCCAGCGUAUAAUAUUACCAAGGAGGAUGUGGAGCUGAUGGUAGAUCUGACGGCGAAGGCGAUUGAGAAUGUAUUAGGCGCAACGGAUGAGAUGAACAAAGUGAUUGAGCCGGAGCUACUGGAGCUGUAUAGGACGAUGGUAGAGAAGGACGUCGAUAAACAGAUGUGA